GGCAUGUCUAACCAAACUGCUUCAAUUGAUCCAAAUGUCGAUCCUUAUGGAUACUUGGGCAUCAUUCCCAACACUGAUGGCUCUAUCACACGUUCCCAAAUUCCACCUCGUCCAUUUUCCACCACUAUUCCUGAUCAUGAUUCCUCCGUCUUUAUACAAGAUCUCGUCAUUAACCCCGUUAAAGACACAUGGGCUCGUAUUAUCAUCCCUCGUGAAGUACUAAACUCAGAAAAUAAACUCCCUCUUGUAGUAUAUUUUCAUGGUGGAGGAUUUGUAAUGGCAAUUACUAUAGACACACCAAUUUUACAAAAAUUUUGUGCAACACUUGCGGUUGAAAUUCCAGCGAUAAUUGUAUCGGUUGAUUAUCGAUACGCCCCCGAAAAUCGACUCCCAGCAGCGUAUGAUGAUUGUGUGGAAUCGUUGUAUUGGAUCAAAAAUACCCCUAACGAGUUGUUGAAAAAACAUGCUGAUUUUUCAAAGUGUUUUCUAUUGGGCACUAGUUCUGGUGGCAACAUAGCGUACCACGUAGGACUACGUGUAGCUGGAGUUAGUGAAUACCUUAAGCCUUUAGAAAUCAAAGGAUUGAUUUUAUAUCAUAGUCUUUUUGGUGGAAAUGAAAGGACAAAAUCGGAAUUAAGAUUAGCUCACGAUAAGAUGUUGCCCCUUAAUGUGAGUGAUAUUAUGUGGGAGCUAGGGUUACCUAUUGGUAGCAAUCGCGAUCAUCCGUAUUGUAAUUCGAUGGUGGAGAUUCAAUCAAAUGAAAAUUUGUUUGAUCAAGUGAAAAUACAAGGUUGGAAGAUUCUGAUAAUUGACUGCGAUGGUGAUCCUUUGAUCGAUCGACAAAUUGAGUUUUCAAAGAUGUUGAAGGCAAAAGGUGUGCAAGUUGUGGAUUGUUUUAGUGAAGGAGGGUUUCAUGGUUGUGAGUAUUUUGAUGGCAUGAGGUUGAAGGUAUUGACCCUUGUUGUAAAGGAGUUUAUGAGAGGUAAUUAAAGCACUUGUGGCAAGUGAUCUUUAAUUUGAUGAAAUAUUUGUAACAAUUAUGAAAAUAGGAGUCCACUCUCAGAGCUAUACUCUGAGAAAAAAGAAGCAUUGUUUAGAUUUCACCUCUACAGUUUCAA